AUGACCACCAUAUUUGAGAGACGUGAAUUUAACACCGGCGUUUAUCAAAGGUAUGAAAACAGAAUGUUCCGAAGCAAAUCCUGCGUGGACGUACUCCCGAUCAAAUUCUUCCGGUGGAAGACAUAUGCAGACCAUAACCCAGAUAUCCAAGAUUUUGACGCUGAACCAGCAACUUUCUUAUUUUCAAAAGUUCUCAAGUUGCGGUUCUCGAGGGAGAGGGCAAGUGGAAAUGCAAAGACAACGAUGGAGAGACUUGCUAGGUAUCAAAGGGUCAUAGCUGGGUCUCCCAGGGAAGCAAACAAGUUAGAGAACAAGUUGGGUAGGUACCUUACCACAACUUUGGGAAUUCACGAAGAUGAUCAACCGUUUACUAUUGUAAAAAUAAUGGAAAUGCUCCGAAAAGCCGUCCCCGAUAAAGUUAUUGAAGUACACAUGCUGGAAAUGACAUUUAGAAGUACGAAUUGGUCCUUUCUGUGGGGCUUCGACGAGGAUGGGGACGAUAUAUACUACAGGGCUAAGCUGGUUCCUGCUCCGAAAUCAUUCAUCGAGUCUCUGGAGGAAGUGAGACUACUUGAUGAUGAUGAUAAUCUGGAAUUGCUUGGAUUGGAGUGUCCUAUUUGUAUGCAGGUGUUUGCAGAUACCAGCAUUACUCGGUUGCCAUGCUCACACUAUUACCAUCGAGAUUGCAUUGUCCAGUGGCUCCAGAUCAAUCAUGUCUGUCCCACUUGUCGACACCCUAAUGCUCCGAUGAGUUGA